UGUUUUGACAUCACUAUGACACAAUGAUCUCCACGGUCAGUAGUGUCGUUGCUUUUGUUCAACAGGCUGACUUUUUAAAGUUAUUCAAUUUGUGGUACAUAACGGUUUUUGAAACUAUGCAAGGCAAGUAAAAGUACCAGGAUGACAGAAAAAUCAGAAGUUCGCUUCGAGGAAGCCGAGAAAUAUAAGAAUCUUAUUCUGACAUUAAUCGCUGUGAUAUGCGUCUUUUUAUCCUGGCUCGUCCGACAGUAUCCAUUACUACUAGGGAUUGUUACGAUCUUGUCUGUAUAUUUAUUAACCGGAGAUAGAUACCAAUGGGUGUUUAUUUGGAAGAAAACGUUUUACAGGGAUAUGAUAGGCUUACGAGUUUUACUCGUAACAAUGUUUACGAUAUGGGUAUGGGAGCGAACUGGGACAACCGUCGUCACAAGAUGGUCCAAGGUUGCGAAAAAGACACCAGACAAGGAGGCAUUUGUCAUGGGCGACAGAUCAUUGACAUUCCGUCAAGGUGAUGAAUUCAGCAAUCGUAUAGCGUGGUACUUCAAACGUCAAGGUUUUAAAACUGAAGAAGUUAUAGCUCUGUUCAUGGAGACACAACCAGAAUACGUGUUCUUGUGGCUUGGACUGGCGAAGUUGAGAGUGACUACUGCGCUUGUGAAUACGAACCUCAGGGGUGCUCAAUUGAUACAUUGCUUGAGGAUAGCUGGUUGUAAGGCUGUGGUGUUCGGCGAUGAAAUGACGGAUGCAAUAAAAGCCAUACAAAGUGAGAUACCAGAUAUUCCUCUAUUCCAAUUCAAUUCACCGGAAAGAGAAACUGCACCAGUAUUACAGGAUACGAUCCCACUGGCCGCUGAAUUAAAUGAAAUGACAAAUGAACCAUUCAGUGACGUAGAACCAGCUAAACCAAGAGAUACUCUGUUGUAUAUCUACACUAGUGGAACAACUGGAUUUCCAAAAGCAGCUAUCAUUACUAACAUCAGAUAUCUCCUCAUACCUCUUGGAGUACAUACAUCAGGACAGCUCGUAUCAUCCGAUAUUAUUUACGAUCCUCUCCCAUUGCAUCACACUGCAGGUGGAGUCCUUGGCGCUGGGCAGUGUCUCAUUCUUGGCUGCACGGUUGUGUUACGGAAGAAGUUCUCGGCUAGCAACUAUUGGGCUGAUGUAGCCAAACAUAAGUGCACGGCAGCACAAUAUAUCGGGGAAAUAUGUCGUUAUUUGCUAACGGUGCCGCUUAGUGAUAACGACCGAGCUCAUAAUGUCAGAAUUGUCAUCGGUAAUGGACUGAGACCACAAAUAUGGCAAGAAUUUGUUGAUAGGUUCGGUGUUAAAAGAGUAUUAGAAUUUUAUGGAGCCACGGAGGGUAAUAGCAACUUGGUAAACUUAGACUCGAAAGUCGGUGCGAUUGGAUUCCUUAGUCGACUUGUAUCUUCUAUAUACCCACUGACUUUAGUGAAGUGCGAUGAAGUAACUGGUCAAAUUUUGAGAAAUGAAAACGGAAGAUGUAUCAACUGUGGUCCAUACGAACCUGGUCUACUUUUAGGCAAAAUUGAUCCUAAAAAAGCUAUAUUAACAUUUGCUGGUUAUGCUGAUAAAACUGCCUCAGAGAAGAAAAUGGUGCGAAACGUCAGAAUAAAAGGCGAUUGUUAUUUCAACACAGGAGACAUAUUAGAAAUGGACUAUUACGGAUAUUUCUACUUUAAAGAUCGCACUGGGGAUACGUUUAGAUGGCGCGGUGAAAACGUAUCCACUGCAGAAGUAGAAGGAGUGAUCAGUAAUUUGGUCGGUUUAAAAGAUACUGUUGUUUAUGGAGUUCCCAUUCCUUACGUAGAAGGAAAAGCGGGUAUGGCAGCAAUCGCAGACCCAGAAAAGAAGGUAGAUUUAAAAAGUCUUGCAGAUGGACUCAAGACUUCAUUACCAGCUUAUGCGAGACCUUUAUUCAUCAGGAUCCUCCCAGAACCACCACUGACAGCAACCUUUAAACUAAAGAAAAGGGUGUUAAUGGAACAAGGUUUUAAUAUAAAUGUUCAUAAUGAUCCAAUUUAUUUUCUUGAUCAGAAAAGUGGUUCAUUUACACCAUUAACUCAAAAGCUUUAUGACGACCUUAUUCAAGGUGUGAUUAGACUUUGAUUAUAAAGUAAUACUAAUUAUUCUUAUUUUCUAAAAACAUACUUCAAAACCAAAUGAGGUUUUGC